UGAGGGCACUCGGCAUCCUCUGCUCUCCGCGACUCCCAGGAGCCCGGUUGCCCGCAGCAGAGGUGGGAGCAGCCUGCUCCGCACCCAAGAAGAUCUGUGUCAGCAAGGUGUCUUGACGUCAAGCUGAGAGGGAUCUCUGUACAGGUGUGACCUUGAGAGACAUCCCUGACUGUGGGGACAUCCUGUUGUGCAGCCCAUUGCUGUGCAGGAGAGCUCAAGGGGCGCUUGGGCUGCUCCCUGUUUAGGGGCUCCAGUUCAACUUCUGCCUUCCAGCCGAAAUCAUCUCACCUGCAGGAGAGCAGCAAAUGGCCACAGCACAUCCAUCUCGGGAGCCCGUGAGCUUUGCGGAGGUGGCCGUGUAUUUCAGCAGGGAGGAGUGGGCGCUGCUGGAGCCUGCGCAGCGAGCGCUGUACCGGGACGUGAUGCUGGAGACGUACCAGUGCGUGGCCUCGCUGGCUCCACUUCCAGCCCCCAAACCCGUGCUGAUCUCCCUGCUUGAAGGAAGGGAAGACCCCUGUAUCCCAGAUGUGUGUAGACUUGAGGCCGUGCCAGGAGACCUCAGCCCAGCAGGAACUGGGAUUACAGAUAUACUGGAGGAUCUGCAGGAAGGUGGUGUGGCUGAAAGGCGGUGGGGUAGUGUCUGUGUGGAGGAAAUCAGAAGGGAUGUCCAAGGAGGCCUGGAGCAAGGUCAGGGUGAGCACAUCAUGAAGCCACUGGAAAAGUGUCUGCAAAAGACAGGAAGCAGCGCACUGGCCUUCAGCAUAAGUCAAAAGGAGCCUGAAGAACCCAGGAGCAAGGAUGUGAGCCAGAUGGAAAAGCAGAAUCCAUGCAUUGAAUGUGGAAAUAGCUUUGAAAAAGAUUCCAGCAUCGUUAACCACCAGUGCAGACGCUCAGCAAUGAGUCCAUACAAGUGCUCUGAUUGUGGGAAGAGCUUCAAAGGGAGAUCCCAACUCACCUACCACCAACGCAUCCACACAGGAGAGACACCCUACAGGUGCUCUGAGUGUGGGAAGGGCUUCAAAUGGAGUUCCCAACUCACCUACCACCAACGCAUCCACACAGGAGAGACACCCUACAGGUGCUCUGAGUGUGGGAAGAGCUUCAAAUGGAGUUCCCACCUCGCCUACCACCAUCGCUUUCACACAGGAGAGAGUCCCUACGAGUGCUCCGAGUGUGGGAAGAGCUUCAAAAGCUGUUCUGAUUUGAAGAUCCACCAGCGCAUCCAUACAGGAGAGAGACCCUACAAGUGCUCUGAGUGUGGGAAAGGCUUCAAAAGCAGUUCUGAGUUGAAGCACCACCAGCGCAUCCACACAGGAGUGAGACCCCACAAGUGCUCUGAGUGUGAGAAGAGCUUCAAAAGCAGUUAUGAUUUGAUGAUCCACCAGCGCAUCCAUACAGGAGAGAGACCCUACGAGUGCUCUGAGUGUGGGAAGAGCUUCAAAAGCAGUUCUGAAUUGAAGUGCCACCAGCGCUUCCACACAGGAGUGAGGCCCUACGAGUGCUCUGAGUGUGGGAAGAGCUUCAAAUGGAGUUCCCACCUCGCCUACCACCUGCGCUUCCACACAGGAGAGAGACCCUACAGGUGCUCUGAGUGUGGGAAGAGCUUCAAAAGCAGUUCUGAUUUGAUGAUCCACCAGCGCAUCCACACAGGAGAGAGACCCCACAAGUGCUCUGAGUGUGGGAAGACCUUCAAAAGCAGUUCUGAGUUGAAGCGCCACAAGGGCGUCCACACAGGAGAGAGACCCUAUAAGUGUCCUGAGUGUGAAAAGAGCUUUAAACACAGAUCUAGUCUCAACACUCACAAGCACAUCCACAACGCACACAGGCUGUAGAAGCAUCUCAAGACUCUGGGAACCUUCAAAAGCAGUUGCAGCCCCGUUACCUACCAGCACAGCCACACAAGAUACAGAGCCUGCAGAGCCCCGAAUGUGGCAAGAACUUCAGCCCGAGUCCCAGCCUGGUCACCAGCUGAGGCUUUGUGUGAUGAUGGACCUUAGAAAUCCCCUGAGUAGAGGAAGAGCUCUGCUUUAAAUCCUCUUUUCCUUCUUUGUAUGAGAAUGAUGCAUAUUGCUGUCCUUCAGCUGCAGUUUCUGUGUUGAGUGGCCAUACAAAGGAGAAUCCACAGUGGGAUGUGUCACAGCCAGUGGAAACCCUCUGCCAGGUGGCACAUUUCUGCCAGGGCUGUGUGCAAGGAGAGUCACCUCUGAUCUCCCCUGUAAAAACUCCUCUGCUGUGGGGCAGCAGGUGAGGACCCAAAGGAAACCUCGGCUGGGCCGAUAUGUCACCAGGAAGGAAGAAAUCCUGUCUGCAGGGCGUGUGGGAAGAGCUUCAUCUGGAGCUCAACCCUCUGUAGACCCCGGAGAACCAAUCCAGGGAGAGUCCCUGUGAGUGCCUUGACUGCAGGAAGAGGUCUGUCCAGAGCUGGGAGCUCAUCACACACCAGUGGAUCCACGUGAGGAACCCUACAAAUGCACAGCCUGCGAGAAGAGCUUUGGCCACAGCUCGAACCUGCUGAGGUACCAGAGUGUCUGCACUUGGGUGAAGUCCAAUCCGUGCCUGCACCAGUGAGUUCACGUGGCAGGAAGCCUUAUAAAAGCCUUGAGUGUGAGAAGGGCUUUGUGCAGAGGGCAGAGCUCCUCACCGGCCCUCCAAGUGUUCCUGGUGCAUCACUGGCACCCUCUGCAGAGGGGACUUAACCCAUGAGCUUCAGAUCCUUGCUACCCAAAGCAGAGAGAACUCACCGUGCUGGCUUCCUCUUCUGCUCUUCCUGCCAGCAGCUUUUUGAUGCCAUUUCCUAAGGAGAUGCGGCUGUGUAGGGAUGUUCUGUGUGUCUGUGUGCAUGUGUUGCUCUCAGUAAUUUGUGAGUGCACUGAUGAAUCUGAGGGAAGGGUCAGGAGAGCAGUAACGUGGCUCUUGGGGGUUUUCUGAGAAUCAUCUGUAGAGGAAAGGGUAGGGGGGGAAAUAAGUAGCUGAGUUGUUCUGGAGCUUUCCUCACUGUAGUCUUGUGUUUUAUUCUUAAAAUAAAUGUCCGCAUGUGGAAUGAAGAGAGGGAAAGGUGCAAGCAGGGUUUGGUUUUGGUGCCUCCUCCAGCCCACUGCUUGCUUCUGGGGAAGGCAUUUCUUUCACACAAUCCUGUCAUCCUUCCUAACCCAAUGUGCUGCACGUUGGUUCUACUGCUCUUCUCGAAUGCUUUAAUCAGCUGGUCAGAGCAGCUGUGUGACACCAAGCCUUGUUUGCCUCCAAUAAAACUACAAGAAGCUGAGCUUGUUCUUCCUAAAUGCACCAUCCCAAGUUUCAGGAGGUGGAGGGGGCAGAAGGCAGUGCAAACCCACAGGGUGCAAAGCAGCUCAUCCCCACAGCACAGACAUAUCAGUGCUCUCCAGUGCGUGCUUGCCUUGCAAGUGAUCCCUUUGGAGCUUGACGGGUUUUAUUUUCACCUUGGGAAGGUGUGUCCGAGACCUCCUGCAGCAGGGCCUUCUCAUUUGCUGUGCUCAGCUAAAGCUGCUGUGCUUGGAAUGCAGUUGUCAUGGAGUGGUGGUUGAUUUUGGUGAGCCAGUGAAGCUGUUUUUACAUUAUUUUUUUCCUGAAAAAAUCAUUCGAAU